UCGGCAAGAACAAGCGCCUUACGAAAGGAGGCAAAAAGGGAGCCAAGAAGAAAGUGUAAGUGGCAACUGUCGCGGCCUCCGCUUUGGGGGAUCCCUACUGGAGUCGGCGAGUGGUUUCUGAGCCGCAGAGGUUGACCCAUUUUCUAAAAAAGAUUGGUAUGAUGUGAAAGCACCAGCCAUGUUCAAUAUAAGGAAUAUUGGGAAAACAUUGGUCACGAGAACUCAAGGAACCAAAAUUGCAUCUGAUGGCCUCAAAGGUCGUGUUUUUGAAGUGAGUCUUGCUGAUCUGCAGAAUGAUGAAGUAGCAUUUAGAAAAUUCAAGCUAAUUACUGAGGAUGUUCAGGGCAAAAACUGCCUGACUAACUUUCAUGGUAUGGAUCUUACCCGUGACAAAAUGUGCUCCAUGGUCAAAAAAUGGCAGACCAUGAUUGAAGCUCACGUUGACGUCAAGACUACCGAUGGUUACUUGCUUCGUCUGUUCUGUGUGGGUUUUACUAAAAAGCGCAACAAUCAGAUUCGGAAGACCUCUUACGCCCAGCACCAGCAGGUGCGCCAGAUCCGCAAGAAGAUGAUGGAGAUCAUGACCCGAGAGGUGCAGACCAACGACCUGAAAGAGGUGGUCAAUAAACUGAUUCCAGAUAGCAUUGGAAAAGACAUAGAAAAGGCUUGCCAAUCUAUUUAUCCACUCCAUGAUGUCUUCGUUAGAAAAGUAAAAAUGCUGAAGAAGCCCAAAUUUGAAUUGGGAAAACUCAUGGAGCUACAUGGUGAAGGUAGUAGUUCUGGAAAAGCUACGGGGGAUGAGACAGGUGCUAAAGUUGAACGAGCUGAUGGAUACGAGCCACCAGUCCAAGAAUCGGUUUAAAAUGCAGACUCUUAAUGGUGACAAAUAAAAGAUCUUAUUUGUGGUAUUUUUUUCCUGAACAUUCUUUUUAAAUAACCUGACAGCUUAUUUAAGAUGUUCUGAUUUGUGGUGAAGUUUUCUUACCUUUUGUGUAUAUUUUAUUUAGUUACUAAGUAGCCAAGAAAGGGUAAGAUCUAUUUUAAGCAGGAAUGGUCUGGAAGUAUUAUAGAUGGUGAAGAAAAGGAAACCCUUUCUUUACAUGGUUGAAGUUUUGAAAGCAAAAGUCACUCACUUGUAUCUGACUCUUUGGCAAGAAUACUGGAGUAGGUUGUCACAGCCUUUCGGGGUAACCCCAACCCGGGGACUGAGCCCAGGUCUCCUGCACUGGAGGCAGAGUCUUACCAUCUGAGCCACCAGGGAAGCCAAGGUGGUUCUCAGAUCUCUGAAAGGCGUGUUAAAACACUGCAGGGCCUGCCCCCAGAAGUUCUGAUGAUGUAGAUCCAGGGUGAAGUCUGCAAGUUGGCAGUUGGCAAAUUUUCAGGAGACGCUGGUGACAGGAGCCACACUUGGUGAACCACUGUCCUAAACCGUGCAGUGGGAAGAAGAGAGCUUAUUGCCGUCUAGGUUUCUGUGGGUUUGUCUUUUAAAAAUAUAAAUACUGUCUUGUGUUCUCUAGAGGUAAAUCCCCCCUGAAAACCUUAAUGGUCAA